GGCGUUGGAGCUGCGCUGGGGCUUCCUCGCGCCUUGGUGUACCCACCUGCAGGGCCAAAUCAGAUACGUGGACGUAGCGACGAGUAUACUGCAGCGCUGGGGAAAAUCGCAGCUAUGGAUAAAACCCUUAAAAUGGGAGAACCAGGAGUGGAAAUCGAAAUUCCAGUUCGUAUCAACGUUGCUGCCGGAGAAGACGGUGAUCGUGUGAAGGAGCUUUCAGAGCUUGCAGCCGUGGAAAAGGCGGUAGCGGAGAUGUGGAGGGAUUGGUAUGCUAGACACCCGGAGAAGAGGGCGGUGAGAUCUGGCCAACUUCGCGCUAAAUUUGUCGUAGAGCCGAUGAUCGCAGACGUCGCUAACGCGCCGAUGGAGUCUGAAGCGAUACAGACCGUGGAGCGAGUUCUUGAGCAAAAUGUGUGGUUUUCACGGUUGUCGCUGUAUCCGCCAGGUAGACUUCAGAUUUCAGCGGAUGAGACGAACGCUGCGAGCAUGUUUGGAAAGCUGAUGAGGCGCGUGUUUGACUCGACGCGGCAAUCUCUCGAGCUGGCAAACGCUAACUACCGCCUACGCGCGGACCAAGCUUCAGUUCUCCGGCAGUUUGGGAAACUGACACUGACGCUGGAGUGCGAUGACGAGGUGCUUGGGCGCUCGGAGUUUGAAGCUAUGUGCUCAGCGAUGGUGGUGGCGCAAACAACGAAGGCAUUGACGCUGUUGUUGGAGGUCGACCCAGUCGAUCAAGGUGUGAGUGGUCAUUGGUGGAAGUGGUUGGCCUACGCGCUUUUUUCACGUCGAGUUCGCUCUUGCUCAUCAAUUACACACCUUACGUUGGACUCGGUCGGGCGCCUGAGCACUCAGGACGCCGAGAUAUUUACGGCUAUGCUAUCGUUGGAUCACCCCGAAGAAGCCCUGUUCAGCAUUCCUCUUGGGCUUGUGGAGGAGUGCGAUGCGAUCUUAAGGGAACGAGCUCCAAUUCAGUGGAAAUUUGAUGAUGCAGGACGAACCCUUGGUGACUAUCGGCCUUUUGAAUGCGUGUCUCCGAUCAAACACGUACGGACAUUCAGUGACGACGGUCAAAGCGAGUGGGUCAACGCACUUGUUCCAGGCUACGGUCGCUGCCAAGUCAAGCGAAGCGAUUUGACGUUCGACUGUGAUAGUUCCGCGGUUUGUUUGGGAGCCGAAAUCACGUCACUUUCGAUUCGAUUCACGUUGGACAGCGAGAUUGUGGAUGGCCUGCCGCAGUUGAUGGCGGCCGUUGGUAGCUCGUUGACAUCUUUGUCGCUUGACGGGCCGAGAGAGCUGCUUGGCGACGCUUUAUUUCUUGGAUGUUGCCCCAACCUUCUCGAGUUGUCCCUCCGCGGAUACAUGGUGGAGACCCAGCUCAAUUUCCACGAGUAUCAGAAAAGCAACAACGGGCUUCCUUCGAUUAUCUGCAAUUGGCACGAUGUUGUGCCACUUUCAACAGCACUAAUGGAGGCAGAAAACCCUCUAACCCGGUGCCUACGUCAACUGCGUCCCGUAUCUGAAUGGUGCAAUUCCUCACGGAUAAUAUCAUAUUAUGAUCCUGCGAAUUAUGAAUCCGACCUGAACGCACCUUUGGAGAUGCUGGAGGUCAACAAUUCUCUAGAGUAUUUGGAGGUGAUCAUCCCAACAAUGCACCGGACUUUCAUAAGUAAGUUUGAACAGCACGACAAAACGCCGACCGAUAGAGCCGACGAACUUUCAUUGGAAACAAAGUUGGCGUUCCUUAGCGUAGUUGAACGUUGCAAGUCGAUGAGGCCUACCAAGGAGAGGUGUGAUGCGCCAGUUACUUCUUCCGCGCUGUGCAAGCUGGAUCAACUCGCUUUAUCCAAGAUCUUCGCAUUUAGUGUCCCUCCAGUUCUCAGGCAAGUAGUAUGCCGCUCGGUUCGCAAGUUUGAAAUACCCCCGGAACUAAGUAGCGGAGGCUUGGGAAAUUCUGGAAGAAGGCCCAAGUGA